UAACACAACAUCGGACAGAAGUGCGACGAAAGUCUAAUGCUGUGGACUAAAUGUUUGAAGUCACUCGCAAAUCGAAACAUGUUCCCCACGCGUGGUCCGAGAGCCGAGUGGAGUUAAACGAGUCCCCGCCGGUGACUCCUCCAGCUACUGAAACCCGUGUCAGGACGAAAAAGAAAAGAAGGAAGCAACAACAACAACAACAGCAGCAGCAGCACUCUGAAGAAGGAGAGAAGCGCUCAGACUCAGCUCAGGAACGCUGUAAAACACCUUCAGUUCACGGUAAAUAUGAACGCGAGGAAAGACCGAGUUCCGGAACUGAAUCGAUGCUCAGAGGAAUCUUCCAGAUUGGAAAGAAGAGCCACGAUGUGAUUCUCACAGGGACGCGCCUGACGUGGACGCGCAUCCAACCAGAGAGUCUUACAGGGGAUUCAUCACAGAAGAAUUGGCAGGAGGACUUUGUGGAGCUGAAGGAUGUUUUUGCAGUGAAAGUGAAGCGUCGACGUUCAGCUGGUCAGCAGAUUGGAGGCACACUGCUCGGCAUCACACUGUUCAUCUGUAAGGGCAAGGGAGCUAAACUCAAACAUCACGAAAUCCACCUGGAUAACAUGAGCGUGGACCACUGUGAGAUCUGGUUCAAACACAUCAAAGAAAUCCUGAACAGCUUUAAGCAUCAUCCCAAAUCUCUGAAGGUCUUUGUAAACCCAACCAGCCACAAGAAGGAUGCAUACCAAAUCUACCAGGAUCAGGUGGCACCUCUGUUCAAGCUCGCUGAUAUACAGGUUGAUGUCACUGUGACUGAGAGAAAAGGUCACGUUCUGUCCAUCCUGAAGGAGUGCAGUCUCCACCAAUACGAUGGUGUGGUGUGUGUAGGUGGGGAUGGCUCAGUAGCUGAAGUCGCUCACGGUUUGUUACUUCGAGCACAGACGGAAGCUAAGAGGGACACACACUCCGAUUUCAAGCCUGUCCCAGCACCACUUCCUCUGGGUGUGAUCCCAGCAGGUUCUGCUGAUGUGGUCGCCUGUUCUGUUCAUGGCAUCAGACACCCAGUAACUGCAGCGCUGCACAUCAUCAUGGGACACAGGCAGCAGGUGGACAUGUGCAGUGUGAGUUCGAUGGGUGCGCUGCAGAGGUUCGGGUUCUGUACCAUGGUGGGCUUUGGUGGGCGAGUUCUGGCUGCAGCAGAGAAGCUCCACUGGGUUCCACCGUCCCAGAGAAAUGAAGUCGCCUUCAUCACUGCACUCACGCAGCUCAGGCUUGAAGAUUGCGAGAUCUCAUUUGUAGCCGGCAGCUCUGGCGCAUCAGAUCAGACCCAGAGUCAUUCGGUGGAGGAUCUGAACGGCAUUGGAGAGGAUGUUGAGUGGCAGGUCUGCACUGGAUCUUUUCUCAGCGUGGGCAUCAUGUCCAUCCCAUGUUUGUGCUCCGUGGCUCUCAGAGGCCUCGCUCCCUUCACCAGGCUAAACAAUAACCGCAUGGCGCUCAUUAUGGUAGCAAACACUUCCCGGUCAGAGUUCGUCAAGCACCUGAAACGCUACAGCAGCUCUAAAAACCCGUUCAGUUUCUCGUUUGUGGACGUGCAGUCGGUGAGAGAAGUGAAGUUACGUCCACACUCUUGCACUGACAAGGAGAGCAUGGAUUCUGAUUCCAGACACACUUCUGUUAUCCCCUCUGAGGCGACUCUCACCUGGAACAUUGACGGAGAACUGCUGGAAAUCCAGGGGGAAGUGCUCAUCAGAGUUCAUGAUGGACUUCUCACCGUAUUUGGAAUAGACGUACAGGAAGCCGAGGAGCCGCCCGUCAACUGCAGCUGCAUUUAAACACAGGAAUUGGACACUAUAUUGGGUAGUAAUUUUGUAGGUCCAGUCAGAAUCCGAGCGUCCUCUGUGCUUCCCCUCAGAUUCAGUCGCGUACACUUUAUAGACAAAUAUUAGUGAACGCCUGGUCAUUAGUUUGCUUGCCAUUCCAGAACCAUAAGCAUAACCAUAUGAAGUUGUGCUUCCUGUAACGUUCAUAACAGCCUCAAAUCCUUUGAAAAGGCUAUUCAAAAGAUUUUGGAAUUCGUCUGUGGGAAUUUAUGUCAAUUAAGUAAAAAGAAAGUCUGGGUCACAUUUCACCUUACUCGACAUUGAAGUGCUGUGGAGGUCACUGGAGUUCUUCCCACCAAAGUCAUCAUGCAUCUAAGCAUAACGUAGGGGUUUUCACAUAUUUUUGGCCAUGUAGUGUAUUACAGAGUUAAAAACAAAUAAUUUUGUAACUAAAUGAGUAAUUUUUGUUUUAUUUUUUUCUGUUUUAAAUUUUGUAUUUAUAUUUAUAAGCAUAUGUUAAAGGAAAGCUGUUCUGGUGUAACUUAGUAGCUAAUGAUAUACUACAUCAUAGCUUUUGUAGCCAGCCAGUGCAGCUAAAUUCAUGCACAUUCUCAAGAAAAUCAAUAAAAUAGCGAGCAAUAAAGAAUAAACAAUGAGAUCCCUUACACAGUUUCUUUAGCUCAGUCUUUCAACUACUUUUAACAUUCAGCACAAUUCCCCAGGAGUUAAGCUUCAGGUGGAAACGUCGGCUCAUGAGUGGUUCAUUUUAUUUUUAUCAGCUGCUUUAUUCUGGCAGGGUUGAGGUCACUGACUGCAGGGCAGGAAAACCCUGGACAGGGCAUCGAUCCAUCACAAAGUUUCAGCCAUCUUCUUCCUCAGAGUUUCUGGGUAGCGCUGUGACUUUGACCAGGGCUAGAACUAAAUAAAAAUGCAUUACUGAACUGUUAAACUGUGUAAUUGCUUGUUUAAAUGAAGAAGCAGGCUGAUGUGUCACUGUAGUCGAAUAGAGUCAGACCAAGCUGAUAAUUUAAUAAAAAACUUAUUUUAUUUUCAUUUGGAAAAACACACUCAGUCCAGUCCAGUGAAUCUGUACUUAAAUAACAGCAGAGAACGAGCAAACAAACAUAAACAAGCACACAGGAACAAACACACCCUCUGCACUUUAUACACAACCUACAAAGUCCUGAAAACAAUAAAAUCAUUUAUUUAUUAAACACAGUGAUUUGAAUAGAAUUGAAAUAGAAUUCCUCAAUAAAAAGGUGUCUGCAAAUGAAUUUAUAGUUGUUCUAUGGGAGUGGUCUUAUCCAGGAUGACAGUUUUUAUAUUUACAGAACUAGAGGGGUUACUGAAUGAGUUGAUAUUAUGACCAUUCUUUGGCCUGCAGUCACCAGAUCCAAACCCAACAAAACUUGUUUUUUAUUCUUGACCUGGAAACACUGGGUACAAUACAGGAACACAGGCAGGACAGGGCCGGGCCCUAAUUCAUCACAGGGCCUCCUUCCUCUUCCCAAUUCCUCAGACUUAGUGAGUCAUGUCUGAAUUAACGCCCAGCUGGCCGAUAACACAGCUGAGAUCCAGAUUCGAUGAGAUCCAUCUUAGCGGUGCUAUUGGUUGGCCGGCUGUCUACCCCAGGGCUAGCGUGAAAGACUGCUGCACCACUCGAUCUCCCCAACUUGAUAUCCAGAGGAGAUUUUGGAUUAAGGUGUUGACAGUCUCUUUCACCAUUCUGAAAUCUCCAAAUAUAGAAAGGUCUUUUUAAAAAACAAAUGGUGUUUUAUCCCUCCAGGCCCAACUAAGACACAGAAGAAGAUUUUCCACAAGAUUUUGGACUGUCUGUGGAAGGUUGUGCCCAUUCAGUCAGAAGAGCAUUCGUGAGAUCAGGCACUGAUGUUGGAUAAGAAAGCCUGGCUCACAAGUUACAUUCCAAUUCUUCCCAAACGAUGCUUUUUGGGGUUGAAGUCAGGGCUUUGUGCAGGCCACUGGAGGUUCUCCACACCAGACUUUGUCAAGCUGGAACAGGAAAACACCUUCCUUAAACUGUUGCCACAAAGUUAGAAGUUAUUUAUGUUAUGUAAUUGGUUGUAUAGACCUAUUAGCUAGGAGUGUAACUGAAAUACCUGAACUUAAUAAUUAGGACCACAGAGUUUAUUUCUUAGCAAAUAUUUCUGCUGAUUCUGUAAUAAUUUUACUUAAGAUACUUAGUAAUAAUUUUUGUGAUGAGAAAUAUAUUUAUUUAGAAUCUUUUAUUUGAUAAGGCACAGUGGUGUAAAGGUAAUUGCCCCCUGUCUGAUUGCCUCUGUUACUGCAUAUUUGUCCUACUGAUUUCAGAUCACUGAAAAAAUAAAUUAAACAAAGAAAACUGGGUAAAAAAUACACCUUUUUUUGUCAAAUAUAAUGUAUAUAGGGUUAUCCAACACAUUACCUCAGUAAAAAUAAUUGCCCCCUUAGCGACUUAAAUCAACCAGUUCACCAAAUGCAAGCCAAUUUAGUUAAUUGAACGCAGCCAAUCUGGAUUUUAGCAGGUCAGUAGAAUAUAAAUCUCACUCAUCUUGAUCCUUACCAUUAAAGUCAAAGCAGUCAUGGUAAACUGUCUAUAGAAACACUAACACGGAUGACUUGUUUUUAUAGAGAAAGGAUUAAAGUCUGUCUGUAAUGUCUGUAAGGACGACAGUUUUCUUUAUAGUUAUUGCUGCUUAAGGUGAUUCAGCCAGCUACUAGGUUAAAGGGGCAAUAAUAUGACCGGGGUGAUAAGGGUGUUGUACAACUUUGUUUUGUUUUUAAAUAAAUGAAGUGAUUUUUUACAAAA